GCCCAGCAUCAUAAGAAGUAACUACGAAGAACGAUUUUCGAAGAAGUUGAUUACAGAAUUGGAUUUCAAGAUGAGCGACGAAGGAGAAUCGAGACAUGGAAAUGAAGGGGGUGGGGCGCCCCCGCCAUACGGACGGAGGUGUUAUAAGUGCGGAGAAGGUGGACAUUUAAUUCGUGACUGUGCAAAAUUUUGGAGAGCAAGGGCACAAGGAAGACCGUUUGUCCCUUUGGCACCACCGGCGACUCAAACACGAACAAGGAGAACAACUACUACUGGAACUGAAAAUGUGAACUUUCGCCGAAGCCGCUCUGCAGACAGCGGAAGUGAGAGAAGUGGGGAGAAUACAGAUGCUCUUAUGCGGGAGUAUUUUGUACACAUGGUGGAGGAACAACGUGAGAGGAUCGAACGAGAAAAGGAGGCGGAGAGACGGAGGGCAGGGGAGGAGGCACAACACGAAAAAGAAGCAAGAAGAGCAGCAAGGGAAGAACAAAGGCUUAGAAUGGAAGAAGAGAGAGAUGCUAGAUUGAUGAGAAUAAUUCGAAGAGAGAUGAAGAAAGACAAAGAAGAAGACGAGGAAUGCUACGAACUCAAAGGAAAGAGACAAGUGAAGAUGGCAAGUCGGGUUGAGACAGCGAAUGAUGAGAAAGAGCGGCUUCGGAAAUGGAUUGCACAACGAACAAUCGGGAAGGAAGAGUCCGAAGACGAAGAGCUGAUGGCUCUUCGUAGGCAGGCUGCGAAGUUGGAAUUGAUGGAGAAGAGGAAACAGGGUCCGGAUGUACCUAUUAGGAAUAGUCCACCGAUGACUACUCCGGAAAAGAGAACGAGCAAGGGAAUUUUCGAAGAGGCAAAGACGCAUAUCGAAUCGAUGAGAGGUGAUCUGAUGAAGGAUAUUAUGACAUCUAGCACGCCUUCGAAGGUUGACUUAUCUUUGAAGCAUAUCAUGGCAACAUGCGGGCCAGGUGGGAAAAAAAAGUUCGAACAGGACUGUCAAGAAUUUUACGACACGCUUACCAUUGACGAGUUGAAGGAAGCUUGUCGUCGUGAGAAGGUGGCAUAUGGGAAUCGUGAGCUUGCUAUCAAAAGGCUGGUGAUUCGCAGGUCGGCGGUGGCAUACGAUCCAUCUAACAUUCCGUUGCCAACAACACCUCAUGUUACUACCAGAUCAAGUAAGGGAGUAACGAUCAAAGAAGAACGGAAACCGGAUACUUCGGAGUCCGACCAAUCUUUCAGUGAGGAUGACUCGGAGUGAGGAGCUUAUCGUCGCGACGACCUUUUGGCAUGGGCAAAAGAACUUAGUAACCUACGUCAGGUUCAUCUUGGUAAGAAUAAGGAUGACGAGAGGAGGUUUAGAGCUGUAGUAAUUGGUUUGAUUUUCACUUGGCAGAUAAAAUGGGGGGAUAAAUUCGUGAACUACUGGAAUGACGAGGUGGAUAGAGGGACUUUUGAUCUAGUAGAACCUAAGAACUGUGUGUAUGCGUUGAUUUCUCCGUGGCAUAAGCAAGUGUACAUUGGUCUGACCGAAAGGAAUCUGUGGGUACGAUGGCGGGAGCACUUUCGACAAGGACGGAGAAGAAAUAAAUGUGUUAGGACCGU